AUGGCUGCUGCUGCUGUUGCAACUACCACCGGCUCUAUGGGCAUGUGGAAUGGCACUAAAGAUGGCAGACAUGAAGGAUACAUUGACUGGGCUACCGGCUCAACCAAUGUGCAAGACCCUCUACAGGUCAAGAUCGAGGUCGAGGACAUCCGAACACUGAACCCUCAGCCAAAUUAUGAGAACAACGGAUACGGGAUUGUGAAGCACAAGUCCUCCUUGACUCCCGAACAGUUCUUGGCUGGUAACGACCCUGAAGGCAAGAAAUACAUCGAGGAUGUCUACUACAAGGAGGUCACGGAGCUGGUCAAGCAGAUCACCGGCUCAGACAUUGUGGUCCCCUACAUAUUCCGCAUCCGCCAGAACAGCCACAAGGCCGGCGAGUUUGCGCCCACCCAGCUUUCGCACGCCGCUCUGCCCGUCGCUCACGUGGACCGAGACCCGAUAACGGGAGAAGACGGCGUACGAGAGAUCAUGGGCGAGCAGGCGGACGAGCUGAUCAAGCAGGGCAAGCGAUUCGCCCAAGUCAACGUCUGGCGCACGAUCGACCACCCCAUCCAGAAGUGGCCUCUCUGCUUCAUCAACCACAGCGGCGUCGACGGCUGGAGCUACGACACGCACCUGGCGCGCGUGUACCCCACCAAUGACCCCAGGAUCGUCAUCCGUGGCACAAAGAAGCACGACAGCGUCGUGAAGUACGACCCCAAUUACAAGUACCACUACGUAAGCAGGCUCGACCUAGACGAGGCUCUCGUCUUCUCUUCGUUCGACUCGGACGUGAACAAGGUCAGCCCGCACGGCGCCUUCUGGGACGAUGCUAGCCCGCCGGAUGCGCCGACGCGUCGAUCCAUGGAGGUUCGCUGCUGGGUCUUCUUCGACUAA